GGCCGCUUGGAAGAUGGCUGCGCCCUGUGGCUCGGAGCUGCCCGCCAACUCGCCGCUAAAAAUCCCGAAGAUGGAGGUGCUCUCCCCGGCUUCUCCUGGAGCCAUGAGCGACGGAAACCCAUCGCUGUCGGACGCUUCCACGCCUCGGGGGGCCUCCCCGCUCGGGCCGGGCAGUGCGGCGGGCUCGGGGGCCGCGGCGUCCGGGGGUCUCGGGCUGGGGCUGGGGGGCCGCAGCGCCGCCUCGUCCUCGGUCUCCUUCUCCCCCGGUGGCGGCGGUGGCGGGGCCGCGGCAGCCGCCGCCGCUGCCUGCCGGGGCAUGUCGUGGACGCCGGCCGAGACGAACGCACUCAUCGCAGUGUGGGGCAACGAGCGGCUGGUGGAGGCGCGGUACCAGCAGCUGGAGGGAGCCGGCACGGUGUUCGGCAGCAAGGCCCCCGGGCCGGCCAUGUACGAGCGCGUGUCCCGGGCCCUGGCCGAGCUGGGCUACGAGCGGACCCCGUCCCAGUGCCGGGAGCGCAUCAAGAAAGAAGGAACAAAACUGCAUCUUUGUAAGACUGCAACCCACAAAAGCUGGUUCGAUGCCCAGAACUGAAUGCUGUGCUCCAGCUGUGGCCUCACCGGUGCUGACUAGAGAGGAAGAGCCACCUGCAUAGCUUACAUGUGAUUCCUCUGCUUACACAACCCAAUACUGGAUUUGCUUACUUUGGCAAGAUAGCUGCAUUGUGCACUGUAUUUAAUGUUACGUGUACUGUAACCCUGGGUCUUUCUCUGCAUUGCUGCCGUUAAAUCCCCAAUCCUGCCACUCUAGAACUCCUGCCUUUGUUUACCUGUCCACCUCCCCAGGCUGCCCGUAUAUUCAUCCACAAUGAAUGCCAUCUUUUUAUUCUCUCAUUUUCUUUACUCUUAAACUUCAACAAAACUUUCAUUCUGUCCUAUAAAUUGUCAUUUGUCAGCCAUCUUAUUUUUCUCCCUGCUUUGGUAAUGGGGGCAUUUGCAAAUCUUUCUACUGGUUCUCUUCCUUUUGUAGUUGUUAAAAACACUUAGAAUGGUUGAAUUUUUAGUGAACAAUAUCCUGGCACUUCUUCCAAGUCAGAUAUCGAUGAACUUCUCAUGUUCACCCAUCGAUGAACUUCCCUUUACUUUAGCUGUGUCCUCCUUGCCGCACAUCUUUUCCUCCAGGGAGGAGACACAAACAAUAUCACCUUACCCCCAAAAUUUCUGAUAACAGAUGUUACAACUUUUAAUUGUGCACAGUAUGGUCUUUAAUAAUUUUAAGCAUGGUUUCCACUUUCCCCAAGACCUACAUGAAAGCGAUCAGAGCUUAAGUUACUAUGAAAUUCUAAGAUGAGUAAGGUAAAGGAAGGUUUUGUUGAGUAGGAUGUGGCUGUCCAAGAAAGCCAAAUUGAGGUUGUAUUGGAAUUUAUAGCUGUCUGGGACAGAAGAUGACUCUUUUUUCCUUGAAUCUGGAACAUUAUAAUCUCAGCUUAGAGUAGGUUUUUAAGUUGGCUUAUUUAAGACUGCAGAUACAGAUAACCAUUCUUUUAGUUACAUGCAUUGGUUAAUGAGUGUAGAAUGUGUUGUCUUCUGAUUUACUGUGGGUGAUAAGAAUUAAAUGCUCUCUAUACAUCCUUUUUUAUCCAUUUCUGAGCUCUCAAGUUUAAAUCCUGUUUUCUUUACAGUAGUAGUGAUGUUUAAAUUCUUUUUCAGGUUGAUGUGAUAUAUUUAACAGACUUAGGUUGGUGGUCUUUAUUGAAACCAGAAGUUACUGCUUAUAUGUAUUUAUAUCUUGAGAGAGUUAAAAUCAAUUUGAAAAUCUUUUAAACAUUAUUGCAACACAUCAGAUUACUAUAGUAUGGAUUUAGGAGUUACCUUUUCAGGCACCACUUAAGAUAUUUUACAUAUCAGUAUACUGCACUGUAAAAAUGUUUUACAAAACUAUACUUAUAAGAGGUGCCAGGAUCCAUUAGCUUUUUAUGGUGAAACAUAAAAUGUAUCACCUGACUCUUCUAUAUAGCCACUAAAUAUUGCUAGUUUCAGUAUUUACAAUUAUAUAAACCAAAUGAAACUUUUAACUUUUUGAUGGUUUCCCAGAGAUAGAGUCUUGUUUCCCUCCACAUACAUUAUCAAAAAUUUUUGGCUUAGUUUAAAAAAUUGGUGCUUGUUUCAUUUAUUCGCAAGUGUGACACCUUUCCUUGAAAGAAUAUCGGUUUUAUUUCUUGAUUUGUGAAUUUAACUCUCAGUGGCAGAGCUCAGUGGACUUAGUUAGGCUUUUGUGUGCUAAGUGCUUUUCUUUAGGCUGCCUAAUGAACUGAACAGUGGCACAGUUUCCAUCUCCAUUUAUGGCCUUGGAAGGGUGAAAGGGACAGGGUCGGGACUCUCCAUUUAUGGACCUUGAUGGAGUUGAAACGCGUGGUUGGGGUGUUCUUGGAGUCAGAAGCUAGACAUAAUGAGAUAAAAAUAAAUUGGCAGGCGAUGUUUGUAAUUCAGAUUCCAGUCCCUGCAAGGAGGGCAGAGGGUGCUGGGAAAGGGGAGUACGUAGACAGAUGAGAUUGCUACGGCAUCUGUCUCCUUCCAUCAUGAGACACACAUUUCCCAAGUUCAUGUGUCUGGAUUCUAAAAAAUUAAUGUUUAAUGUGGUUAUGGCUGUCCUUUAUGAAAAGAAAGAAGAAACACUUUUAAAAUAUAUUAUCGGACAUCUCAGUUCUGAACAUCAUUUGGGGUACCAAGAGAAGUCUCCAGAAAGGGAGGCUAGGUCAGGUACUUGUGCUAGAGGCAGCCCGGUUGGUUUUAAGGCAGGUGACUAAUUCUUGCUCUGUUUAUGUCUGAGGAAGAUCGUAUGUGUCAUGUUCUUGUUACAUUGCCUAUCAUCAUUCCUGGUCCCCAGGAAUAAGUCUGAAAAAUAUUUGACAGAGUAUCUUGUAGGUUGUCGUCUGUGAUUUAAAGGUAAUGAACUUUCACAGAAGAUCUGUGAAGUGUUGAGAGUUUUUUUAGUGGGUAAUAUAUUGACUUAUGGAAAGUAAUCUCAGUUUUUGGAAAACUUUAUAGUCAUACUAGUGCCUAUAAAUUAAGUCAGAGGUAAACUUCGUUUAUAUAGUUGAGUUAGGUAAUAUUUGGAACUUACUAGGGAAAAGGAUCUCAAGAAAAUUCUGAGUGAAACCCAAGAACUGAUGGGAGAUUAGAAGGAACAAAAGGAAGCAGAGGUGGAGUAAAACCUUAAUGUGACUAAAUUUAGAAGCUGGGACUAAUUUUUUAGCUUCAAUGAUACCACAUAAGAUACCUUAAGAUGGAAAUUUACUCAGGAAACUGGGCUAGUAACCAGAAGCAUGCAUUAGAAAUAAAGAUCAUGGGAAAAUUGAAGGAUUGUACAAUAUAAUAAAAUUUAGGUUUAUUUAUGGACUUAUUUGAUAAUUUGUUGUAUGUAUGUGGCAGAAAAGGAAGUAAUACACUUUUCUUACCUCAUCUUCCCUUUAGAAAAAGGGAAGAUUGGUCUUGUUUGGUUGUUUGUUUAGUUUGAAUUGGUUGACUAGUAAACUGUAUGUAGGUAUUAUUUUUAUAUUUGCUGGUAUUAAUUAGUGUACUGCCUCUUGAUCAUUGACAUGUGAGACUGGGAAUUUGUGUUGUUGACUUGACUUCUGUAUUAAAUUUAGCAGCUUCCACAAAGACAGUGAAUUAGUAAAGAAUAGACUAUGUAAAUAAAUACUAAGCUUUAUGAAGUAGUUUGUUUAGGCAGUUUUUUUUUUUUUUUUUUUUAAACUCUGCAUUUCUUUCUUAACAAUAAGGAAACUAUUCUUUGCUUUGGGAAAUCCUUCUCUCUGUCCUCCUCCUUCCUUCACUUUUUCCAAAUUCUGGGAACCAUAGCAGAUCUCCCUCUUCUGUGGCAGGUGUGCAUCCUAUUGGCUGGCUGGUAUUUCUUGGUUUUUUUUCCCCCCCUUAGUCUUUUUUAAAUGGGGGAGGGGGUAUAAAAUGUAUAUGGGGUACAUGCAAUAAUGUUGUAAUGUUUCUUGUUGUUUAAUGGAUAAUUAAUUGCAAAAGUAAUUGUUUGAAUUAUAACAUGUUUGAGUAAAUGCUAAAUUAGUAUUUUUCUAAUAUAAUGAAUUUGAAAUCUAGUAAUCCUGUAACAAUGUGUUUGUGUUUGUCUGUCUGUGUCUGUCUAAUAGUAAUUAAUAUCUGUGGUCCGUAUCUGGAAGAGGAAGUACAGCUUUAAAGAAUAACAAAAGACUUUGUGUCUUAGACCCUUCGCAGGUGUUACAGUCGGGUGAAAGAACAUGGUGUUGGGAAAAGAAAGAGCAGUUACACAUUUGAACAGUUGGAACAGGUGU